AAAUCAUGUCGGGUUCGAUGCCUUGGCGUUGAUGCUUUGCGUUGUGGCGCCUAGGCGGAGAAGAUCAAAGUUGAAGCUCGCGUUUUGCAACAAGAACUGUAAGUUUACACGUGUAGGUGCGGGAAGGGUGCUGCGUGCAUCAAGGAGGCACGCGCGUCGUGAUCGCACUGCUGUUGCCGCUGAUGGCGAAGGACAGGGGCAAACCCAGGGGCGGUAAGGCCAAGUCGGCUUUGCUGUUCUUUUCGUUGCCCGAGUCCAGGGUCGUUGCCGAUCGGGACUCUCGGCUGUUGCCGAGCUUAGUUUCUCCCCUUUCUCCCUCGGUCAGCCAGUUGUUGAUAUCGUACCCUCGCAGCGUGGGGGUUCCAAACGUGCUCCUUCCCACAUCGUGGCGAUCGGCUCAUCGACGGUCGGAAAAAGAAGGAACGCAGCGCAACGAGCCUUCCACGACCCCCGUCGAGCUCGACCGCAAGCAUGCCUUGCGCUUUCCCAACUGGCCGACGUUGUUCUCUCUGUUUUCUUCUGACAAACACACGCCUUUCCACAGAAGCCACUGCCGGAUGCCUGUAGGACCGGCAGCGGCGCUGUCUCCAGCUGCUUUGCCUGCGAUGAGAGCGCGCGCAACGUAUGUCCCGAUUCUGAUUCCUGGUAGUGCAAUGCACCAUCUUUCAGGUUCCCGCCCCCGUGGUGACCCCACUCGCUCCCAUCUUCUUAUUUCAGAUGUCUGGUAAUUGCAGGGGGAGCCAGCAAAACCCAAAAAAAAUAAAUCCUACUGAUUCAAGCUCGUGGCGUGAGGUGUGUUGCCGCCGCAAGCCAAGCAAAGAAAAAGGGGCUCCGGUCACCUCCCGAGCGGCACGCCCGGGCAUGAUGCCGACGGCAACAAGAGGGGAAGUUCCGCUUCCCGUCCGAGUGGCCAGGGCGCCUAGCCCGGUUGAUGGGGGUCUUCCCCUUUGCCCAAGUCCCAUGUC